AUGAUAGAUCCACAAUUCCAACUCACGGAGCCGCAGGGCUUCAUUAACAAUGCCGGCCGCUUUCGUUCAGAACUAGCAUACUUCGGUUCCACUCGCGCCCACCGUGAAUCCCACAGCUCCAACGGUACCAUAUCCAUUAAUCCAACCACAAGCGUCGACAAGUCGGUCGAUUCCAAAGAUGACGAAUAUUACGCGCCGGACUUUGUGCCAAAAUCCACUGGACUACAACCAGAUUCUGUGACGGAACUGCAAGCCCAAUACAGCAUCAAACUUAGUGUUGGUUCUGACUUCAACACCAGCAGUACAAGUCAUUCGACCGCAGCUGAAUUCGCCGAGGAUUAUUUCUUGUUUGAUAGCUAUCCACCUGCGCUCAGCGGAUGGAAUAACCCUUCGAUCAAAUCUGCUUCCUCAGCUGUGCACUUGGAAAAUCCGGAGAGAGAGACACGAUGGUACUUCAAGUAUUUCCUUGGCAAAUAUCAUCAGCUAUACUGUGGUUACGUGACGGAACGAGAUCCAUUUCUGCUGGCUAUAGCCAAGUCCCAUGUACAGUCAUACGGAAUAAGCCAGUAUCGAGCUAUUCUGUGGCGGAAGACGGGCAGUCAAAAAUUAUGCAUUUCCUACAAUCCUACUACAUCCCUUACGGCAAAGAAGGUUUUGAACUUUUUUGACAUACAUCGAAUUGAAAAAGGUCCAAAGGAAGCCAAUAAUGCUGAGGUUCAAAAGGAUGCUCUCACUUUGGAGGAACAGGAGGGCUCAGUCAAUUUCAAGUUCGGCGUUCUCUACUGCAAGGAGGGACAAACUUCCGACGAGCAGAUGUACAACAAUGAACGCGGAAGCGAAGAGUUUGAUCGGUUUGUCAAGCUUUUGGGAGAUCAGAUCUGCCUGAAAUCUUGGGACCGGUUCAAGGGAGGUCUGGACACCAAAAGUGAUACGACCGGCUCAUACUCUGUCUACACUGUGUACGAAGGACACGAGAUCAUGUUUCAUGUUUCGACCAUGCUACCGUUCUCCAGCGAACAUCGUCAACAAAUCGAACGUAAACGGCACGUCGGGAACGACAUUGUAAAUAUUAUUUUCGUCGACGGUGUUGAACCGGACCGACAACCUUCAUGGAUGCCCUCGAUGAUGAAAACGCAUUUCACACACAUCUUUGCUAUUGUGACAUAUCACAAAGAAACAGUCACAUACAAAUUGAAUGUCUUUGCUGAAGAGUCAGUGCCAAUAUUCGGACCCCCACUGCCGAAUCCUGCUGAGUUUACCGACCCAAACGAAUUUCGUGAAUUUCUACUUGUCAAAUUAAUAAAUGGAGAAAAAGCAGCGUUUCAUUCGCCAGUUUUUGCACAAAAACGGGAACGCACUUUGGAAAUGUUGUUAAACGUCAUUUGUUCUUCCAAUCUCAAUGAGGCAGGGGCUGGUACCCUGAGCCGAAGGACCUUCGGAGAUGCGGUCAUCGAUUCUUUCAACGGAAUCACUACUACAAAAGAACAAAAUCGUGUUGAUGAAUACAUACGCUACGGCCAAAACUUGAAGCUAAACACAAUCAUUCGAGGAGACGCUCCCACCAGCUCGGUAACGAUUGGAAGAUCCAAAAUAAAUCCUUGGCAACCAACCAGGUUUAAUACUUCAUUUCAUGUGGAAGUUGUGUGCGGAGAUUCCUGGGGUGACCAUCUGAUCGUCAGUGGUGAGGCAGGCAGUUUCCUUCUCAAAGACAAGGGAUCCCCCACUCCACUGAUCGAUCGAUCGAUCGAAGUACGACAGCUAGAGGUGGUGAAUCAGCAGGACAUCAUGGUCAUCCGUUAUGACAAAGGCAAAGAUUCUCGAUUGGCAGUGGUAUAUUUAACAAAUUUGGAUUUGUCUUCUCCGAUGGACAGGAGCCAGGUGAAAAAACUCAGCUUGGAAAGGUCUAGAGGUUGCCAGCUUUUUGCACUCAGCAAGAGUAUUGUACAACCGUUGAAACUGGCCAUCGUGUUACACAAACGCAUUGUGAUCUACCAGUGGCAAAUGAUCACUGGGCACUCGUUGUCCUCGUGGAACCAGAUCACUCAAAUGGACAGCCCGAACAGUUUCGAAUUCCUGCGUGAAUUGCCCAUCCUUGAUCCGAUUCAAACUAUGACUUUUGUUGAGGGAAUUCCCGGAGGACGGCUGUGUGUGGGUCACCGAAACCAGUUUGAUCUGAUAGACGAACGCAAUCGAGAGAUUGCACAAAUCUUCCGAACAGAAAGCUCACGUAACCAAGUCAUUUCUGCCCACGAAGUAUGGAGCGAGGAUGAACCAGAACUGAUACUCUGCUUCACAAGAACAUGUCACUUUCAAAAAAUAUCGUCUUUACAACUACAGUGCUGCUCUACCAGGAAAAUGCAUUUGCCUAGCUCACUCAGUUCGGACAGCAAUCCGCCAGUAUCGAGCACGUCCAACCCACGAUCGCCUUUGUUCGAGCAAGGUUCUUCAUCUGCUCCGGCCUGUUCGAUCGGUCCGUGUACAGCACCCUCGAGUCCGCCGAACUCACAGCUGUCACCAGAGGCUCAUGGUCCAAGCAUACAACCCUGGUCGUUGGCCAACUCGAUCGAUCGACACAAAGGAACCGAGUUCGACUUCACCUGGAAUGUCGAGCCCGAACAGAUUGUGAUUUCCUGCCCAUACAUAUUCGUCUUCACCUCCACCUCCAUCGAACUGCGACUAAUCAAUAAUGGUAGUCUGGUACACACCAUGUUGGUGCCGAAUUGCAAAUUGCUGUCUUCCAAAUGUGGUAUAUUCUUCACGUCAACGUCGGAGAAUCUGGACAACACAUGCUCCCCCUCCGGACUACGUCUCGUAUCCAGACAAUCUGGUGGUGAUCUGGGUCCGGUGCGAGAAGGGACACAAGGGACCGACAACGAAAGUGGUAAGUGUCUCGCAUUGCUAGGUGACUGGCGACAGUUUUGCUAA